CAGAUAUAUCCAGUGAAUCCUUGAGCAAAUCUCCUGUACAUAGUUUGCCACUCGACUGAUGUCUGAAGUGUACAUCAAGGAGCCGGCCACGAAGGGCAAAGCAGUUCUGACCACCAGCCAUGGUGAUUUGGAGAUCGAGCUUUGGGCCACCGAGACUCCGAAAGCUUGUAGAAACUUCUGCCAGCUCAUUUUAGAGGGGUACUACAAUGGCACAACCUUCCAUAGGGUGAUCAAAGACUUUCUGAUCCAGGGAGGGGAUGCGACAGGAACUGGUGAUGGCUGUGAAUCCAUCUAUGGCGGCCCAUACCCUGAUGAGAUUCAUCCGAGAUUGAAGUUCAGGUAUCGCGGCAUGAUGGGUGUGGCCAGUGCUGGUCGUGGCACCAAGACCAACGGCAGCCAGUUCUUCAUUGCCAUGGGGCGGCUCCCUUCCUUAGAUGGCAAGCAUACGCUCUUUGGCAAGGUCGUAGGUCAGACGAUCUACAACCUUGUGCGCCUCAACGAAGUAGAGGUGGAUAAGCAUGAUGUUCCGGCCGAUCCGCCAAGGAUAAUCCGUGCCGAGCUUGUGUGGGAUCCUUUUGGUGAUUUGGAGCCGCGCUACAAAGUGUCAGUUCCAAAGCAGGUGAAAGAAAAGGACGAGCAUAGACGUGCUCCUGUGCACAAGAAGAACGUUCUGUCCUUUGCCGGUGCUGGCAGUGAUGAAGAGGAAGACGACGAAGGCGGUUUGAAAGUCAAAAGUGCGCAUGACGUCCUCAAUGAUCCAAGACUCUCAAAGGACGUGGCAUAUCCCGAAGAGGUCGCAGAGAAAAAGAAGCUUCGCGAGGGCAAACGUCCGGCGGAGGAGACAAAGGAGAGGGGCGAUGCCAAGAGGCCCACACCUGUCCAGAGGGAGUCUCAAGGCAAAGCGAAGGCCAAAGAGGUAGAGGAAGAGGAGGAGGAGGAUGACAGUGAGCCCGAUUUUGGUGGCUCAGAUUCUGAUGCUCCAAAGGGCACUGCGUCAAAGCCGGUGAAGAAAGACAAAGAAGCUUUGAGACAGGAGACUAUCCUGAAACUGAAGCGAGAUAUUGUUGGCUUGGCCAAUGGGCUGCCGACAGAAGCGCCAUCUAGGAAGAAGUCAGGCUCUGCCUUGGAGGCGAUGCGAAGAGGUUUCAAGACGCGUGCUGAAACCCGGCCGGAAGUGAAGGGCAAAGAAGCGAGGAGGCUUCAGGCAGAGGCCUUGUUGGAGGGUUUGAAAGGCUGGCAGGAUCGCUUGCGCACUCUCAUGCCCGAUGAGCCGGAAGAGGGGGAGGAGGACAAAAAAGAGGAAGAGCCUGCUACCUUAGCAUCGUACUGGGAAGAGGCUGAUGAAGAGGCCGACAAGGACUGGCUGGGUGGUGCAGGGCUUAAGUUCCACACAUCUGGCGACAAGGCCUUCCAGAUUGCUGCCGCUAAAAAGGCCUUGGAUGGCUGGACAUUGGUUGGAAGGGCGUGAGUUAACAGAAUGUUCUUCGUUCAGGAAGACGACUUAUAGGGACUCAGAGUAUACGUUCAUUUUGUUGUAUGUAUCCUCUUUUCUAAUGAUUAACUUUCACCUGACCCGUGGCCUUUUGUGUGGAACCUUGAAUAAGGCCCGCGAUUCACUGGAGAUCUUUGAUCCAAUCGCUGCAACGGGCAAUUCAGAGGCUUUGGCCGCAGCGCGCAAGCGGCGCAAUGACAAGAUUGUGCCUUCCAUGCGCCGACAGAACCCCCUUGCGGAGUGGUAGCUCGACAUGGAGCGACACAGUUUGCGGUCCCAGCCGCCUGCCAGUUCAGUGGAA